AUGACAGCAGCGACGGGCGAGGCCAAGGUGCCGAUGUCGACGACUUCGACAAUCCCGCACCCGCCCUCGUCGACCAUACAGACGUCGUCGGAGCCGCCCCGCACGCUGUGGAUGGGGGACUUGGAUCCCGGGUUUGACGAGGUCGCGAUUCAGCAGAUUUGGGCACACCUCGGCAAACCCGUCGGCGUAAAGCUUAUUCGGGCCAAGAAGAACUUGCUCAUUCCUUGCAGCACUAGCAGUACGUUCAGUACGUCUCAAAAUGAGGGUGCCGUCGGCGCCGGCGGCGCCGACGCACCACAGCAGGGCGUGGCGCCGCAGGGGGCCACGCUCAGCGGCGGCCCAGGCAACAAAAUCAACAUCAACGGGGUAGCGUUCAUCGACCCGAAGACAACGCAACUGCACCAUGCAGGGUACUGUUUUGUCGAAUUCGAGACGCUGCACGACGCGCAAUGGGCGUUGACGUUGAACGCUUCGCCGCUUCCAAACAUCGUGUGUGGGUCUGCGCAAAUGGCGUCCAAUCCAUCCGGGUUGCGUAAUUUCAGGCUGAACUGGGCCUCUGGUGCGACUCUACAGAGCGUCAUUCCGUCGACACCAGAGUUUUCUUUGUUUGUCGGCGAUUUGUCGCCGACUGCGACGGAAGCCCAUUUGUUGUCGUUAUUCCAGGAACGGUUCAAAAGCGUCAAAACCGUGCGGGUCAUGACGGAUCCCAUCACGGGAGCGUCGCGGUGUUUCGGGUUUGUGCGUUUCGGGGACGAACAUGAACGUCGCAGAGCCCUGGUAGAAAUGAAUGGCGUCUGGUGUCAAGGACGGAACCUUAGAGUCGCGUAUGCGACUCCACGUAAUAAUGCGAUGUGGCAAGUGCCACAGCAGCCAACUACGUCUGCGACUCCAGCCAAUCCGCAAGGAUUUGUGUCUACUGCGCCAUCUGGCGAAUACGGCGGGCCUCCUGGCCCUCAAUGGAAAUCAACCACGUCCCAGUUAAUGGAUACCGCCAACGCUUUGCUCAGCAGCAAUCCCGGUUUGGUCACGUUCAGAAACCAUCAAGACCAGUACUCUCAUCAUCAAAGCGGAUCCUUAUCCUACGCGAAGCUUCCACAAAAUUAUUCGAAUGGACACAAUACAACGGUCUUUGUCGGAGGGUUAACUCCUUCCAUUUCCGAGCAGCACCUGCAUUCUCUUUUCGCGCCUUUUGGCACUCUUGUUAGUGUCAAAAUUCCACCCGGAAAAGGUUGCGGAUUCGUUAAAUACGCAAACCGCAUCGAUGCUGAGGCUGCAAUUCAAGGCAUGCACGGGUUCAUAUUCGGCGGAAACCCUAUUCGGCUAUCAUGGGGCCGUACCUCCCAGGACACACAUCAUCCUCAGAGAGACCCAUACUUGCAUCAGAUAUCCGCAUCGCCGAGGCCCUUGGACAUCUUAUCUUACCAAUCGUCGGUUUGGAAUGAUUAUGAAGGGGCUCAACCUUCUGCUUUAGCAAGACAACGUCAAACCUCCGACAUGUCCUCGCAACAGAAUUCUGUUCCUCCAGUGCACCCAUCAUUGUUGUAA